AUGGAGAUAGUGGAGAAAAUAGUGUAUGUACUAGGGCUGGUUCUGCUGCUGCACCUGCUGUCUGCCAGAUGUGACUCCAAGGGCCGCACGGUGUCUUGGUGCGUGACGUCGGAGGCAGAGGAGCAGAAGUGCCUGGAUUUGGCCAGUAAUGCCACAGCGCGGAACAUCAGGGGGACUUUAGAAUGUGUGCGGGCAGAGAGCUCCCAGGACUGCAUUCUCAAAAUAAAAAACGGUAGCGCCGAUGCAGCGUCCAUGUUUGCAGACGAUAUCUAUGCAGCGUGUCUGUGCCACGGCCUGGAGCUGACCGCUGGGGAGACCUUCAAUGGCAUCGACGGCAUCGAUUACUACGUGGUGGCCUUGGCGCGCCGCUCCUCCGCAGACCUGUCUCUUCUGGAGAUGCACGAACGCAGCUCCUGUCACCCCGGGAUACGCACCACAGUGGGCUGGACCGUGCCCAUCGGGUACCUGGUCAACACCUCCCAGAUCAGCGUGGACGACCAGUGCAACCUGCCCCAAGCCCCUAACUUUCAACCCAAUCCCAGACCAUAUCAUGUGCUCUCUGAAUGCCUUCUCUCACUGCUCCUCUGUCCCGGGGCAGCCGUGGGGAACUUCUUUGGUUACAGCUGCGUCCCAGGAGUGAAGGACCCCCUGCACGACCCCAGAGGCACCAACCCCAAGAACCUGUGCGAGGCCUGCAUCGGGGACGAGAACGACCGGCACAUCUGCGUCAACAACCACCGAGAGAGGCACUACGGGGAGACCGGGGCCCUCAGGUGCGUAGCGGAGAACCUGGGCGACGUGGCCUUUGUGAAGCACACAACAGUCUUUGACAAUAUGGAUGGUAAGAACCAGGAGUCGUGGGCCCUGGACAUGGAGGUGGAGGACCUGAAGCUGCUGUGUCCUGAUGGUACCGAGGCGGGCACAGAGGACUUUGAGCAGUGCCAUCUGGCCGCGGUGCCCACCAACGCUGUGGUGGUUCGGCCCGACGACAGGUGCAGGGUCUGGAAGUUCCUCGAGAGACUACAGAAUGCUUUUGGAAACUCGACAGACAGCUUCAGCAUGUUCAGCUCCGCAGCCUAUGAAGAAGCAGACCUGAUGUUUAGUGACUCCACCCUCCACCUGCAGAGGAUCAUCACCAGCUACACCUCCUGGCUGGGCCCCUCCUACACCUCAGUGCUGCGGGCCUUUGAGCCUCUGCUGAUGGAACAGAAGGGCCUUUACCCAGAGCGUCCGUCCGUCUCCACGCUCCAUCCGGCGGUCCGGCCCCACCAUCUGCCCUCCUCUUUCCCUAGUCUCCAUGUCCUCCUGUGA